UAUAGAUAACCUCUUUCGAGUAAUUGUUUGCUGUGAGCGUUCCGAAAAGUGUUUGAUUUUAAGCAUUCAAUUUGAUAUAAACAAAUCCAUGAACCAUGUUUUUAACAAACAUAUUAUUUAAAAAAGCUAAGAGCAAAUACAUUUUGGUAUUGAUGGAAAGUAUAGCCAGUGGACACAAAUAUGUAUUAAGAAGGGAAAGGUUAGCUGAUAAGUUGGAACUGGAACGUUUUGAUCCAUAUGUGAGAUCUGUGGUUCUAUACAGGGAACGGAAGAAAGUCAAAAGUAUAUAAUUAUCAAUUUGUUUGUAAAUAAAAUGAUGAAAAUAAGAAAAAUAA